CCCCCAGAGUGAGUGACCCCACUGCCAUGCCGCCGCCAGCACCCUUGGGGACCCCCCCAUCUCCUCUUUGGGCUCCUGGCGGGCUCAAACCUUGGGCUAGGGGGAGGGGAGAAGGGAACCUUCAACGUCAUUGAUGUGCGCCGCCGCGGCAGUCGAAAGAGGCGCCAUUUUGGUUGAGGGUGCUGUCGCCGCGUCUGUUACGUCAUCAUUUCGCGACAGCUCUGCCGUCUGGUCCGUCUAGAAGGCUGAGCAGCUCCAGGUCGGGAGAAGCAAUGUUGGCGGGGGAGGCGGGCGGCCCAGAGCUAUGUCCCCUCAGCGAAGACAGCUUCACGCGCUUCUCUUCGCAAAGCAACGUAUACGGACUGGCGCGCGGUGCCCAGGGCCGCGGCGAGCUGCUGGCGGCGACUCUUAAAGGGAAGGUGCUGGGCUUCCGCUACCAGGACCUCCGACAGAAAAUCCGCCCGGUGGCUAAGGAGCUGCAGUUCAACUAUAUCCCCGUGGACGCAGAGAUUGUCUCCAUCGACACCUUCAACAAGUCCCCCCCCAAGCGGGGCCUGGUGGUGGGCAUCACGUUCAUCAAGGACUCUGGGGACAAGGCCAGCCCCUUUCUCAACAUUUACUGUGACUAUGAACCUGGCUCCGAAUAUAACCUGGAUUCCAUUGCGCAGAGCUGCCUGAACCUGGAGCUGCAGUUCACCCCCUUCCAGCUGGGCCAUGCUGAGGUCCAAGUUGGGGAUCAGCUGGAGACCGUGUUUCUGCUCAGUGGGAACAACCCCGCCAUUCAUCUGUACAAGGAGAAUGAGAGUCUGCAUCAGUUUGAGGAGCAGCCGGUGGAGAACCUCUUCCCGGAGCUCACGGACCUGAGCAGCAGCGUUCUGUGGCUCCACGUGUCCAACAUCGCGGGCUCUGGUCGGCGUCUCACGGCCUUCGGCUGCCAGAGCGGAUACGUCCGGGUGGCCCACGUGGACCAGGCCAGCAGAACCGUGCUGCAGACUUGGACGGUCCAGCAGGACGGCCCCAUCUCUCGAGUUGUGGUCUUCAGCCUCUCGGCCCCGGGCAGCACGAGGAGGGCGGAAGGUGAGGAGGCCGCCUCGGCCUCUCCGGGCCUCGAGUACAGCGUCCUGGUGGCCAGCAUGAUGGAGCCGGCUGUGGUGUAUCGGAACGUCUUGGCCUGCGGCCUCCGCGAUCAGCUGCUGCUGCCGGGCAGCGACCAGUUUGACAGCGUCCUGUGCGGCCUCGUCACCGAUGUGGACCUGGACGGGAAGCCCGAGAUCCUGCUGGGCACCUACGGCCAGGAGCUGCUCUGCUACAAGGCCCAGGAAGCCCGGGGCCUAGAUUCGGGCCUCCCUGGGGCUGAGGCUGAUGCCAGCUUCCGCCUGCUGUGGCACCGGAGUUUCGCCAGUCCCCUGCUGGCCAUGGAGCAUGUGGAUCUGACGGGGGAUGGCCUCCGGGAGCUCGCUGUGGUCUCCCUGAAGGGUCUGCACAUCCUCCAGCACAGCCUCACCCAGGCCUCCCACCUGCUCCUAACCCGGCUUCACCAGAGGGCCCAGCAGCAGCGGCGACGGCCCCAGGACCAGGGCGACAGGCCCAGGACGGUCGGCCUCCCUGUUCUCGGAGGCCCCUUCUGACUCGGGUGGGAGCCCUGCCCAGACCUGCCUCUCCCGUCCCCUUGUCUUUCCCCUUCAGCCUCGGUGUCUUCCUCUGUAAAGUGGGGUGAUUGGGGUGUCGUGAGGACCAACAAGGGGCCAUUGACCAGUCAGUGAGGCCUGGUGGAUUAGCCCUACCCGGAGUCUGGGGAGGGAGAGGAUGCCGCAGGGACCAAGGCAGCCCCUUUUGGUGCCCAGAGACGAGGCAGGAGACCCCGGGGGAAUGUUGGGAUGACGAGAGCCACCUCCCAGGCCCUGCCCGGCAUCUCACUCCCCAACCUGCCUUUCUUCCCUCCUCCAGAGGGCAGCCCCAUCCUGGAUCCCCUGACCACUCAUCCACUUUGGAGCCUGAGGUUCAGGGUUCAAACCCUUCCACUCUCUGGGCCUCAGGCUGCCCUUCUGCCAAAUAAAGGGCUCACACUGGA